AUGAUGAAGAUGUGGAUCGUCUUCACCUGCCUGAGCAAAGGAUGGAUACAGACGGCCUCGGUGCCCGCUGUGACGCCCACUCCACCCACUCCACCCACUCCACCCACUCCACCCACUCCGCCCACUGAGCCUGACUGGUUGACAAAAUACGGCUACCUGCCACCUCCAGAGCCCUCCACUGGUCAGCUCCAGGCUUGGACAGCGGUCACAAACGCCAUCAGGGCCAUGCAAAGGUUUGCCGGUCUCAGAGAGACCGGAGUUGUAGAUGAGGACACGCUGGCCUUGAUGAAAAGUCCACGCUGCUCCAUUCCUGACAAAGAGGAACCAUCCAAAUUACUGGCCAACCAAGAUGGGAAAAAGAUGAGGAGAAAGAAGAGGGAUCUAUCUCUGUGGACAAGCAGGAACAUUAACUGGAGACUGAAUUCUUAUCCCUCCGCAUCUCAUCUAUCCCGGGAGAUGAUUCGCUCUCUUGUCUUCUAUGCUCUACGAGUGUGGGCAGAGCCUACGCCCCUGGAGUUCCACGAGGUGGCCAGCUGGGAGGCAGCUGACCUGCAGGUAGACUUCCUCCGCGGUUACCACGGUGACGAGUAUCCCUUUGACGGGGCCGGGGGUGCAGUUGGACACGCUUUUUUCCCUUCAGACCCCGCCCGGGCGGGAGGAGUACAUCUGGAUGCAGAUGAGGAGUGGGCCUUCAGACAGCCAGCCUCUGAGGGCACCGACCUGUUCACGGUGCUGGUCCAUGAGUUUGGCCACGCACUGGGCCUGGCCCACUCCUCGUCUCAGCUCUCAGUGAUGAGACCAUACUACCAGGGUCCUGCGGGAGACCCCCUCCACUACCACCUCGGUCAGCAGGAUCUGCAGCGCAUAACCCAGCUGUACGGUACGGCCUUUGGCAGAGUUUGCCUUUGCUGCAUUUAUGUUCGACCACCGUUCGCUGUAACAGGAACCAGCUGCUUGCCACUGAGGCUGCUCACUUGGCAGCCGAGCCUGAGCUGCCCCAAAGAGACCGUUACCACCACCACCACCACCACCACCACAACCAACGUCAUCAUCAUCACCAUCACAGACAUGGGUCAGACGGUGUGGCGGGUCAACAGCGGCGGUUUGGUGUCAGGGCGUGGGGCUUCGGUCAGGAGGCUGUGGGGGGGUCUACCCGCUGACCUGUUGAGGAUUCACGCUGUGGUCGAGAGACAUUCGGACCACGCUAUCAUCUUCAUCAGUGGUUCCCAGUUCUGGGUGUUCAGGGACCUGUCCCUGCAAGACGGCUACCCACGGCCUGUGUCUGCUCUCAGGAUGGGGUUUGGUUCAGCUGGGAUAGAUGGCGAUGGUGAAGAGGAGGAGGCGUCAGGAUCAGACAGGCUGGGCCUCGUCUGGGACCCAGAGGAGGGCCCUGUGUGGGGGAAAGUUAAGGAACCGGGGAAAGAGGGGCAUGAGGACAUCUGGACUCAGCUGCUUGAGGAGGGUGUAAAUGGCAUCACCAAAGAUCACGAUGGAUCCAUCAAUCUCUUCAAGGGAGACUCGUACUGGAAGUUCAUGUUUCCAGGCUCCUCGCCACUGGAGGGAUACCCUCGAUCCUCUGCAGUAGACUGGCUGGACUGCGCUGACUCCUGGCCGGCCAAGGGCAAUUUUUCUCUGUCUCUGACUCUGCCUGCAGGAAGACAAGAGCUCAAAGAAAGACGGUGGGCGGACGGUGAGGAUGAGGACACAGAAAGGAGGAAAAGGAGCAGGCAUGGACACAAACACAGAGAGCACAGCGGAGCGCACAGUGAGACGCAGUGCACCUGCCGAAACGCAGCACUGGGUGGCAGCAUGGCAGCGAUGGCUUCCCCCCUGCUGCUGGUUACAUGGACCGUGUUGGCUGUUUAAAACUGCUUAUGAAAAUAAAACUUAUUUGACUGGAUUGUGGGCAGGAAACACGGAAAUAGCAUCUCAAAAUCAGAUGAAUGUCUAAUAGACAGCAGUUCAGCUCCAGUUUGAGUUCCAUAAGCUGUUGUUCAAACGUCCAGAUGUUACAUCUGCCUCCAUCUAAUGUGAGCUUCAGGUUUCAAAGGUCCUUUUUUUUUUUUAAAGAAGCAUCCCAUCUGAAUGAAUUGACCUCCAAUGUCAACCAUGAUAAAUGCUGUUUGAACUCAAAGUGGGAAAGAGAUGAGAUUUGUUUUUCUUUUAGGACUGGAGACAGUAGACCGUCUGUAGGCUGCACAAUGGCAAGUUCCAUUACCUGAUCCGCUGAGUGCUGUUUGGACCAGUGCUCAAAACUGGGAAUAAGUCAGCUGAUUGACAAAACUCUCACAGUGCAGGGACAGAGUUAACAUGGCUUCAUUUCUAAUGUGUUGGCUUGAUCUGAGAAAAAAUAAUAAAUCCUGUGUACAACUGCUAUGGAACAUGUAUCUGUAAACUAAUCAAGAUUAAACAGCCCAGUGGUAUAAAGCCA